UUUUAAUAAAAAAAAAAAAUAUUUUUUGAUGAGAAAAUACAUAAAUAUUUUAUGAUAAAAUCAAUAUCGGGUCAAUAGAAAAUAAUGUCCUCUUUACACUAUCAAUAUCAAAACAGUCAACACUCACGUGUAAUGAAUUUAAAAUACAAAUCAAAAUAUAAGAAAUUGAAAAGGCAAAUAAAACAAUUGGUUUUUGAAAAUGCUGCUUUGUGCGAUGAAGUGGCUCAAAUACAAUCAGACUUGACAUCAGCCCGUGACGAGAGACGUUAUUUAAUCAAACGUUUAAUGCGCCAUGAGGGCUACGAAGAAAGUACGGAGAAAACUUCGACGGAAGUUGUAACCCAACAGGCAACAGUAACACAAAAGUCAACCAAUAAUAUGCCAAAAAAGCGUGGACCUAAGAAAAGAGUGCUACAAGUCAAUUCCAGUAUUGAGGAAGUAGAAAAAUUAAGACUCAUCUGUGAGGAUAAAUUUGAUGUGGAUGCCCAAGGCAAACCAAAAUUACCUAUUAAUCUGUACAACAUAUUGGUACAUUCUAUGGGUGAAAUAUUGCCAGCAAAUCCGAAUUUUCAUAAUGCCCACUGGAUCUAUCCAGUGGGUUAUGUAGCCACACGUAUUUAUGCCCACCCCAAGGAUCCGCAACGUAAAUGUGUUUAUACAUGUAAAAUAUUAAAUAACACCGGCAUGCCACAAUUUCAAAUUAUACCCGACAAUGAUUUGGAUAGUGUUUUCUUUGGCGAAACAGCCAACGUGUGUCAUCAAACAUUAUUGGAAACCCUAAAACGAUACUUGUCCGAUGGCACCAAGUUGCCAAUACAUGUUCAAGGUGAAAAAUUCUUUGGUUUAGCUAAUAGCACCGUGCAAUCUCUACUCAAGUUGGAUGGCAGCUUCAAACAAUGUGCAAAUUUUAGAGGUUUUCCUAGCAAAAAUGAUAUGACCGAUUACAAUAUCCCGGAAGAAAAAGAUCCAACUAUGUCGUAUGAAUCUUUACAGUCCUUGAUAACAAUGACAGCAUAUCACACCAUGCCGGAAAUAAAAGAUGAACCACCAGAUGAACUAUUUGAGCUGAAUUAAGCUGAUUAAUAUAUUUCUUAUUAUUUGUUUGCAAAUUCAUAUAAAAAGUUCUUAGUAAAAACGAAAAAGGAAUAAAAACACGUUUAAAAAAUUUUAUUCAAAA